CGUGACAUGACGGAUGACGGCGUAAAACUUUUGAGGUUGUAAAACUUACAUAACCUAAAAGUGUUUAAUAUAAAUAUUCUUCUAAUAUAUUCAAUAUUUGAUAUAUACGAUUUUUUAUCAAAUUCUAUCAGUCUAUUCAGAAAUGGCUCUAGUCCCAAAGCGAGCACUGCUAGAAAGAAUUUACCCACUAAUACAAGUGAAAAGAUUCAGAGGAAAAAUAAACGUUACUAAACCAAAACCACCACAUUUCGUUAAAGCAUCGUACUUAGCGCUAACAAAACCUUGGUUCAUCAAUCCAAAUAAAGAUAAAAAACCUAUGGAACUAUGCAGGGGAUUUGAUGAAAAACUAUUCAAAGACGAUAAUGAUAAUCCUUUUCAACGAAUUAUAGCUCAAGAGUUGUACAGAUGGAUUUCAACUUCACGAUUAGUAGUUUUUUAUCACCAUAAUCCCAUGAACGCCGAAGAAGAAUUCAAGGCAUUUGCCAUGUUCAAAAAGCAAAAUAUGCACUUCAAAAAAUAUGGUAAAAAAACGUUACAGAUGGCUGUCGAAGGAACUCCAUAUGAAACUAUUUUGGACUUUUAUUGUUCACAGAAUAUGACAGUUUUCAGUCCAGAACCUGAAAUCGUGAAAAUGUUGAAUAUAACCAAGAAGUUUCGUCAGCUAGUUUUGUUAGCUGGAAUACUUGAUGGAAAAUUCGUCAGCAAAGAUGACCUUAUUAAAUACAGUGCUAUUCCAAAUCUUCAAACUGCCCAAGUAGGACUUGUUCAAACUCUCAAUAGUGCAGCGAGUCGACUGGUUGGCCAAUUAAGUAGUCCUCAAGGCUCUUUAGUUUCGAACCUUGAAGAAAGAGCUAAACAACUACAGCUUGAUAACAAACGAUAAUUUAUUGAUAAUAAAUCCAUAGAAUAAAUGUGGUUAUGAUUUUCCUUUUUUAUUAGAUUUUGUUUUCUGUGA